AUCACACAGAGAUAAUCCUUGUGGAAUUGUAAGAUAUAGGACAAAAUAUCAACUCCAAACUUCUGUAUAGUGAACUUUGUGAGGAACACAAAAAUGGCGGCUGCAGUGAAAUUUAUUUGCGUACUAGGGUUUCUUGCAGUUUUAAGCACUGCUGUGAUUGAAAGGGCUGAUGGGGCAAGUGCUUGUGGAAAAGCUAGUCCAGAUGAGGAGGCCUUCAAGUUUGCUCCUUGUGCAGAUGCUGCAAAAUAUGAAAAAGCUGCUGUUUCCGAUAGUUGCUGUCAGCAAGUCAAGAGGUUGGGCCACAACCCUAGCUGCCUCUGCGCCAUCCUGCUUUCUAACACUGCCAAGAGCUCUGGUGUCAAGCCUGAGGUUGCCAUAACCAUUCCCAAGCGCUGCAACUUUGCCAACCGCCCAGUCGGUUACAAGUGCGGAGCCUAUACUAUGCCGUGAUUGAAUGUAAGGAAAGGUUGAAGGCCGUGGAGUGGUCUGGUUAAGGAAUUUGAAGCAGUUGGCCACUAGUGUGACUAAUUAAGUAGGAUUACUGCUUUGUAAUUUGGCAAUAAAUUAAAGCUAGUAGCCUGUAUCAUGUACGUAUCCUUCUUUCUGGUAAAAUAAAAUGUGCAAUUUGCCAAACCCCUCGUAACUUGUUUACUUCAUGAUAUAACUAAACGGUAAGCUGUCUUGGAUUC